CUCGCUCGGCGGCUCCGGGGGCGGCGGCGCGGGCGCAGCCGCGUGCGAGGCUGCCCGGCGAGGCGAGCCCAGGCGGUGCCAGCCCAGGCGGUGCCGCGCCGCCUCCCGCCGCCUCCCGCCGCCGGGCUGCCCCGGUCGCCGCUGCUCGGGAGAUGCCGCUCGGCGGGCGGGGACCCGCGGCUCCCCUGCGCCUCCGCCGCCGCGGCGGGGACCUCUGAGAGCUGAGAAGCAUCUGCUGUGAGACCCCGACGGCUCUUCCCGACAGCUCGGAGAGGCAAACGCCAGCGUGAGCUCUCGCCUGCGCCCCGCAGCACGAGGAACCUCCUCUCACUGCCCAGAGAGCCCAGCGCGAGCACCGCAGGAGGAGCUUGGCUGAAUAAAAGGCAUGCUUCCUCACUCUCUCCCCUGUCCUCCAGCCUUCCUCUACCUCCAACAGGGCAACCAGGACGCCACGGCUCCACCUGACGCGAUGGCUCAGCCCUACCCCCCGGCCCAGUACCCCCCGCCCCCCCAGAACGGCAUCCCCGCAGAGUACGCGCCGCCGCACCCCCACCCCACGCAGGACUACUCGGGGCAAAGCACAGUACCGGAGCACGCCAUGACCCUCUACACACCAGCACAGAGCCACGCCGAGCAGCCGGGCACCGACGCCAGCACACAGUCCAUAGCAGGGACGCAGACGGUACCGCAGACAGACGAGGCGGCACAGACAGACAGCCAGCAGCUACAUUCCUCAGACAACACAGACAAGCAGCAGCCCAAGCGGUUACACGUCUCCAACAUCCCCUUCCGAUUCCGGGACCCCGACCUGCGGCAAAUGUUUGGGCAAUUCGGGAAGAUCCUUGACGUGGAGAUAAUUUUCAAUGAGCGGGGCUCCAAGGGUUUUGGGUUUGUAACUUUUGAAACUAGCACAGAUGCCGACCGGGCACGAGAGAAGCUGAAUGGCACGAUCGUAGAGGGCCGGAAGAUUGAGGUGAACAACGCCACGGCCCGGGUGAUGACAAACAAGAAGGCUGCGAACCCCUACACCAACGGCUGGAAGCUGAACCCGGUGGUGGGAGCUGUCUACGGCCCUGAGUUCUACGCAGUAACGGGGUUCCCGUACCCUGCCACGGGGACGGCUGUGGCUUACCGAGGGGCGCACUUACGGGGCCGAGGACGCGCCGUCUACAACACGUUCCGGGCUGCGCCCCCACCACCGCCCAUCCCCACCUACGGCGCGGUUGUCUACCAGGACGGGUUCUACGGAGCCGAGAUCUACGGGGGCUAUGCCGCCUACAGAUACGCCCAGCCCGCAGCAGCAGCAGCAGCCUACAGCGACAGUUACGGCAGAGUGUACGCAGCCGCAGACCCGUACCACCACACCAUCGGCCCCGCCGCCACGUACAGCAUCGGCACCAUGGCUAGUCUAUACCGAGGAGGGUACAGCCGCUUCACUCCCUACUAGCAAGACAGACCCAGCCCCUCACAGCACUAACACUGACUGCUCACUAGAAACCAAACCAGGCAGACUAAGCGAGGCUGAGCCUCCCCGAGGACCUGAGGGCCCCUGCCCGGGCGGGCUCUGCUCUCCGCUAGGUUUACCUCAAGCUGCUCCGUCCCACCGCUUGGCCUCCGCUGCCCGCCGCUUCCAUCCUGCCCGGCCCGGGCUCGGUGCUGCCCGGGGGGGGGUGGCAGGGAGCGGGGAUGGCGCCUCUGCCCCGCCGAGGGUGCCCGGGGCCUGGGCUCGUGGGGGUCCCUGGGCUCGUCCCCCCCUCAGGGCAGGACGGGCAGCCCCGAGCCGGCCCCUCUGCACCCCGUAGGAGAGGCAGGAGGCGGUUGCUGCACGCUCCAUGGGCACGGGGCUGAGCCGCGGGGGGGACCCCGGGGAC